AUGCAAAGUGCUAGCGGAGUUUUGCGCUUUGUACCACCAAAAGAGCUUCAGAUUUCAAAUCCGUUAGGAAUGGAACACUCACAUCAGGCUCAAGGAUACACAAUGCAUCACAAUAAUAUGCACGUGAUCCCACAAACUUUCGCAGGUACUUCAGCCAUGAAUGUGAUAAUGGGUAGUUAUGGAGUACCUCCUCAACCACAGCAACCAACAUAUCUGACGCCGCAACAGCCUACCCCUCAGUUGAUGCAGACUGACGUUUAUGACCCAAUGGACGCAGCAGGACCAUCUAAUCAGGACAUCAAUAUGUCGUCUGCACCACGGGAAGAAGACAAACGCAAAGAGAUUUACGGAUACGAUGCACCGUACAAUCUGUAUUCGAGUGCUUGGAGUUGUGCAACAGAUCCUCAGCGGAGGUUUCGGUUAGCAGUCAGUAGUUUUAUUGAGGAGUAUAGCAACAAGGUUUCUAUUGUACAACUAGACGAUGUUGCUGGAGAACUUGUAUUAAGAAAUACUUUUGAUCACCCUUAUCCUGCGACAAAGUUGAUGUGGAUACCAGAUUCGAAAGGAACAUAUCCUGAUUUAAUAGCUACAAGCGGCGAUUACUUGAGGCUAUGGCGGUUGGGUGCGGAUAACAAUGCAAAGAUUGAAGCUCUUCUAAACACUAAUCGAACGGCGGAAUAUUGUGCUCCGUUGACGUCUUUUGAUUGGAAUGAAUUGGACCUCAAUCUUAUUGGCACAAGCAGCAUUGACACUACGUGCACAGUGUGGCAGCUUGAGACAGGUCAAGCGAUCGGUUCAACUCGUGCCACGGUUGAUGGCACAGUACGCACCCAACUUAUUGCGCACGACAAAGAGGUCUUCGAUAUUUCGUUUAGUAGGGGAAGCCGAGAUAUGUUUGCAAGCGUUGGAGCUGAUGGUAGUGUUCGCUUAUUUGAUCUCCGACAUUUGGAGCAUUCAACUAUCAUUUAUGAAGAUCCGCAGCGGACCCCGUUACUAAGAUUAGCAUGGAAUCGAAAUGACAAUAAUUAUAUUGCAACAUUCGCUUGCGAAAGCAAUGAGGUUAUCAUUUUGGACAUGCGAAUACCGUGCCAUCCUGUAGCAAGACUAUCAAAUCAUCGAGCUCCAGUAAAUGGCAUCUCGUGGGCGCCGCAUUCGAGUACCCAUAUCUGCACAGCUGCGGAUGACGCUCAAGCUUUAAUAUGGGACGUACACGAAAUACCGCGACCAAUUCUUGAUCCCAUCCUGGCCUAUCAAGCAGCGGGCGAGGUGAAUCAAAUUCACUGGUCGACAACCUUCCCAGACUGGAUUUCCAUCUGUUAUGCGAAUCGGCUGGAAAUUCUACGAGUGUAA